AUGAUGAUAUUUUUUUUGUUGCUCCUUACUCUGCCAAUAUCUGUGGUAUUUUCGAGUACGGAAUGCGUUUGGGCAACCGGUAAACUUGUUUGCAAGAAAAACCCAAAAGGUGUUCUGAAUGCUACAGUAACACUGUUUGAUUUAGAUGGACCUGCAAAGGGUAAACAGAUAUACGAUCAUAUUGAUCCCGAUGAUAAAAUGGGGUUUACAAUUGUUGAUCGUCUUGAUGGUUUAUUCAAUGUUGAAGGUUGUGCAGACGAUUUUGACUGGAUACCAGGCGUCAAAAAUCGUCCUGAAAUUUAUAUCCGAGUUCAUCAUUACUGUAAUACGCCGCAUGGUGAGUAUUUAAAGGUGAUGCCAACAUUUCGGGUAUUCGUUCCACAAACCUAUGACUAUCAUAUGGAACAUCCAAUUGUACUCGACUAA